AUGCGAAAAUUUUCUUACACGAUAAUGUUUAUUACAGUGUAUUUCGCUACAUUACUACUUAAAAACGCUGAAACGUUCCAUCAUACAAGUGCAAAUCAAGGGCUGAUAAAGAUGUGUCCACCUGGUGGACCAGCUUUUGCUACAGCUUGGCAACUUUCAUGUGGAAUGAGGAAAAAACGAUCAACGACCUCCUCAUCACCAUCCUGUACUGUUAUGUAUGAAACUUACAAAAAAACCAUUUUAGAUUUACCUAAAAGAGUAAAACGAAAAGCCGGAUAUCGACCCCUAUCGUUAACGGAAAUGAUGCAGUACUGUUGCCAUUUUGGAUGCACUUUUCGAGAUCUAUUUCCUUAUUGCGACCCAUUCGGUAGAUGGGAUUCAUGA